GAGGGGUGAGCGGGCCCUGUGCGGGGAGCGGGGGGCGGCUGCGGGGGCGGGAAGCGGCGGCGGAGACCCGCGGUCAAGCCGAGCGCUCGGACCGGAAAGAGACGGCGAGGGCGGGCUGAACGGCAGCCUGGCGGCCCUACCGCAUCCUCGGCAAACAUGUACAUCAAGCAGGUAAUCAUUCAGGGCUUUCGAAGCUACAGGGACCAAACCAUUGUGGACCCAUUCAGCUCCAAACACAAUGUCAUUGUGGGGAGAAAUGGAUCUGGAAAAAGCAACUUCUUUUAUGCAAUUCAGUUUGUCCUCAGCGAUGAGUUUAGUCAUCUUCGCCCAGAGCAGAGACUGGCUUUGUUGCAUGAAGGAACAGGUCCUCGAGUUAUUUCGGCAUUUGUGGAGAUUAUAUUUGACAAUUCUGACAACAGGUUACCGAUUGAUAAAGAGGAAGUCUCACUUCGCAGAGUCAUUGGAGCCAAGAAGGACCAAUAUUUCUUAGACAAGAAAAUGGUGACGAAAAAUGAUGUCAUGAAUCUUCUUGAAAGUGCUGGAUUUUCUCGCAGUAAUCCCUACUAUAUUGUCAAACAAGGAAAGAUCAACCAGAUGGCCACAGCUCCUGACUCUCAAAGAUUGAAGUUGCUAAGAGAAGUAGCUGGUACCAGAGUGUACGAUGAACGUAAAGAGGAGAGUAUUUCACUAAUGAAAGAAACAGAGGGCAAGCGAGAGAAAAUCAACGAGUUGUUGAAGUACAUUGAGGAGCGACUGCAUACUCUAGAAGAGGAGAAAGAGGAGCUGGCACAGUACCAGAAAUGGGAUAAAAUGAGGAGAGCAUUGGAAUACACCAUUUAUAAUCAGGAACUUAAUGAAACUCGAGCUAAGCUUGAUGAGCUUUCUGCUAAACGAGAGACGAGUGGAGAAAAAUCAAGGCAGCUGAGAGAUGCACAGCAAGAUGCUAGAGAUAAAAUGGAGGAAAUAGAGCGGCAAGUUCGAGAACUGAAGACAAAGAUUUCUGCAAUGAAAGAAGAGAAGGAGCAACUUAGUGCUGAAAGACAGGAGCAGAUUAAACAGAGGACUAAAUUAGAGUUGAAGGCAAAAGAUCUACAGGAUGAAUUAGCUGGCAACAGUGAGCAAAGGAAAAGACUACUAAAAGAGAGGCAAAAACUUCUUGAGAAAAUCGAGGAGAAGCAGAAAGAAUUGGCAGAAACAGAGCCAAAAUUUAACAGCGUAAAAGAAAAAGAAGAGAGGGGAAUUGCUAGACUUGCACAGGCUACACAAGAAAGAACAGAUCUCUAUGCAAAGCAAGGUCGAGGGAGCCAGUUUACUUCCAAAGAGGAGAGGGAUAAGUGGAUAAAGAAAGAGCUGAAGUCCUUAGAUCAAGCCAUCAAUGACAAGAAGCGGCAGAUUGCAGCUAUACACAAGGACUUGGAGGAUACAGAGGCAAACAAGGAGAAAAACUUGGAGCAGUACAGUAAACUGGACCAGGAUCUCAAUGAAGUGAAGGCUCGUGUUGAAGAAUUGGACAGAAAAUACUAUGAAGUGAAAAAUAAAAAGGAUGAACUACAGAGUGAAAGAAAUUACCUAUGGAGAGAAGAGAAUGCAGAACAACAAGCUCUUGCUGCAAAAAGGGAGGAUCUAGAAAAGAAACAGCAGCUUCUCAGAGCAGCAACAGGAAAGGCCAUUUUGAAUGGAAUAGACAGCAUAAACAAAGUUUUGGAGCACUUCCGUCGGAAAGGCAUAAACCAGCACGUUCUCAACGGCUAUCAUGGAAUUGUGAUGAAUAACUUUGAAUGUGAGCCAGCAUUCUACACCUGUGUUGAAGUCACUGCAGGGAACAGGUUGUUUUAUCACAUUGUGGAUUCUGAUGAGGUCAGUACAAAGAUCCUAAUGGAAUUUAACAAAAUGAACCUUCCUGGAGAAGUUACUUUCCUCCCUCUGAACAAGCUGGAUGUUAGAGAUACUGCUUAUCCUGAGACUAAUGAUGCUAUUCCUAUGAUUAGUAAACUGAGAUACAAUCCAAGAUUUGAUAAAGCUUUCAAACAUGUUUUUGGGAAGACUUUAAUUUGUCGUAGCAUGGAAGUGUCUACUCAGCUGGCCAGAGCUUUCACAAUGGAUUGUAUCACUCUGGAAGGUGACCAGGUCAGCCAUCGAGGUGCUUUGACUGGAGGUUAUUAUGACACCAGGAAGUCUCGGCUUGAAUUGCAAAAAGAUGUUAGAAAAGCAGAAGAGGAACUUGGUGAACUCGAAGCAAAGCUCAAUGAAAACUUACGUAGAAACAUUGAAAGGAUUAAUAAUGAGAUUGACCAGCUAAUGAACCAAAUGCAGCAAAUUGAAACACAGCAGAGAAAAUUCAAAGCCUCUCGAGACAGUAUUUUGUCAGAGAUGAAAAUGCUGAAGGAGAAAAGGCAGCAGUCUGAAAAGACAUUUAUGCCUAAGCAACGUAGCCUGCAGAGCCUGGAGGCAAGUUUGCAUGCCAUGGAGUCAACCAGAGAAUCGUUAAAAGCAGAGCUGGGCACGGAUUUGUUGUCUCAGCUCAGUCUUGAAGAUCAGAAACGUGUGGAUGCUCUUAAUGAUGAAAUCCGACAGCUGCAGCAAGAAAACAGACAGCUUUUGAAUGAGAGGAUUAAAUUAGAAGGCAUUAUCACAAGAGUUGAAACAUACCUCAAUGAGAAUCUGAGAAAACGCUUGGACCAAGUGGAGCAAGAACUGAAUGAGCUUCGAGAGACAGAAGGUGGCACAGUUCUUACUGCCACAACAUCAGAACUUGAGGCUAUCAACAAACGAGUGAAGGAUACCCUGGCACGGUCAGAUGAUCUGGAUAACUCUAUUGACAAAACAGAAGCAGGGAUUAAAGAACUUCAGAAGAGCAUGGAACGCUGGAAGAACAUGGAGAAGGAGCAUAUGGAUGCUAUUAACCACGAUACAAAAGAACUUGAAAAAAUGACAAACAGGCAAGGCAUGCUCCUCAAGAAGAAAGAGGAAUGCAUGAAGAAAAUACGAGAGUUGGGUUCACUUCCACAGGAGGCUUUUGAAAAGUAUCAGACUUUAAGUUUAAAGCAGUUAUUCCGCAAGCUGGAGCAGUGCAAUACUGAACUGAAGAAAUACAGUCACGUUAAUAAAAAAGCUUUAGAUCAGUUUGUGAAUUUCUCAGAGCAGAAGGAAAAAUUGAUAAAAAGACAAGAGGAACUGGACAGGGGCUACAAAUCCAUCAUGGAGCUGAUGAAUGUCCUUGAGCUCAGGAAAUACGAGGCUAUUCAGCUGACUUUCAAACAGGUGUCAAAAAAUUUCAGUGAAGUAUUCCAAAAGUUAGUACCUGGUGGCAAGGCCACAUUGGUGAUGAAGAAAGGAGAUGUGGAAGGCAGUCAGUCCCAGGAUGAAGGUGAAGGCAGUACUGAGAGCGAAAGGGGAUCUGGAUCUCAGAGCAGUGUUCCAUCUGUAGAUCAGUUCACUGGAGUUGGCAUAAGGGUAUCAUUCACAGGAAAGCAGGGUGAAAUGAGAGAAAUGCAGCAACUUUCAGGUGGACAGAAAUCUUUAGUGGCCCUGGCCCUAAUAUUUGCCAUCCAGAAAUGUGAUCCAGCUCCGUUCUACUUGUUUGAUGAAAUCGACCAAGCCUUGGAUGCCCAACAUAGAAAAGCUGUGUCAGAUAUGAUUAUGGAACUAGCUGAACAUGCUCAGUUUAUUACAACAACUUUUAGGCCAGAGUUGCUUGAGUCAGCUGACAAGUUCUAUGGUGUAAAAUUCAGAAAUAAGGUCAGUCAUAUUGAUGUGAUCACAGCAGAAAUGGCCAAAGACUUUGUAGAAGAUGACACCACACAUGGAUAAAGGAACUUGUAAUUACUGCUUAUUUGGAAGAUGUGUAUAGUGCUAUGUUUAUGCCAGGGACCUGUACAUUUAAAAGAUGAAGUAUUUAGUCCUUGUUUAAAAUAGUUUUUGAACACACAUUUUAACCAAGACCCCAGAAGGCUUAGUUUCAAAUGAGCUUGAGUAUCCAUUUUGUCUCUGUUGCUGUAUUUUAUAAGAUAAUUGUUAAUGUUACCUUUAUACAAUACCUGUAGUUUGGAAAUUUUAUUCUCUUCCUUCAAAUCUUUUGUAAAGUGUUUGUUGCUGUUUUAAAGCUUUUCAGAAAGUGCUAGCUAUUUCUUCUUAAGUAUAGUUUUAUCAUUUAUAUUGCCUCACACUUUUUUUUUAAUGGCUUCAAUUAAAAUGGUUGGUUUUAUGGCUGUAACUUGUAUAUGUUAAGUUUUUGAGUUAUAUUGUCUUUCUGAAGAGGAAUCCACCAAGAUGGAGUAAACACUUCACUCAUAUUGAAGUGGCAUAUUUCAGAAUAUGAGACAAAGCAAUUCUCCCAAGCCACUCUUUCCCCCUCUUCUGCACAUUGCCAGUGCCAGAAGAAAACUGCCCCAAAUCUAUGCUUGUCCAAAUCCAUCGUGUUCUGGUUAUUGAACUGAAAAAAGGUAAGUAUGAGAGAAUCCUGGAAAGACCCUGGAACUGUGUCAAAACAAAUCACAGCCCCUUUUCCUGCACCUUGUCCCGUGUAACAACCCCUCCAUUACAUCCCAUUACAAGACCAGCAUAGCUUGAGCCAAGUGACAGUCCCCAGGCAAAAAGUGAAAUCUUUGCCUGCCAUCUACAGCUUUGGCAAAGGGAUGUUGAAUAGCUUGAUGCAUUCCCCUGAAACACUUUAGGAUUUACCACAAACCAUGAGUUUUGUAGGUAGCAAAGCAGUUGUAAAAAGAGAAUCCAUUGAUGUUUAAAUACUACAUUUAUAAAAACAUAAUAACCUUAAAGAAUAGCUUAUGUAACUUUCAGUAGUACAGUGAGAAACAGUGAAUUUGUAUGUUGCAUUUAUUCUGUGUAGGACACAUUCAACAAAGCUGAAGAAUAAAGCUCUCUGAUAGGUUUUGAUCUGCUCACACUCU